UUUUUUCAGAAAUUAAUUGCAACAUUUCCCCAUCCCAACAAACAUCAACAAACCAACAACAACAACAAUUUUAUGAAAACAUGAGAAUCUCACAAACAUCCCCCCAUUCAUCCUCUAGUGAAACAACAACAACAACACCCAUAACAACAUUAACACCAAAUAAAAGAAACUCAACAAAUACUUGUUGUGUUUCUGGAGGAAAAAAGGCAAGAAAAGCGCGAACAAUAUUUACUGACAAACAAUUGCAAGAAUUGGAAACAAUGUUUGAACAUAAGCGUUAUUUAUCUGUUACUGAUAGAAUGGAAUUGGCUAGAAGAAUGAAUCUGAGCGAUACUCAAGUGAAAACAUGGUAUCAAAAUAGAAGAACAAAGUGGAAACGGCAAGAACAAACUAGUGCAGAUAUGCUUAAUGAUCAACAACAAGUUAUAAUGAUGCAAAACUUAAUACGCAGCGACCCUCUCUACUGGGCUCCAUUACUGUCACAAUUUGCUUCCAAUCCUUAUUUAAUGCAUCGUUUACUGCCAGCAUUUCUUUCUACCCCUAAUAUCCCAAUUACAACAUCAAUUAAUUCCUCUUCCCCCUUUACCAAUUCCUCCUCUUCCGUUGCCAGUACUUCUUCAACAUUAUCUACCUCGACAACAACAACAACAUUAUCAAAUACAGAAACAAUUGAUGAAAAUAAAAUAAAAACAUUUUCUGGAUUAAUAAAAAAUGAAGAAGAUUUAAAUAUAAAAGAAAAAGAAAAAUUAAAAGAAGAAAAUGCUUCGAGUUUCACUGGAAAACUUGGGAAACGAAAACACGUUUUAACUGAGGAAAAUGAAGAGAUUGUAAAAAAGGUUGCAAAAGAGGAAGUUUAG